GAUAAGGUAACACUAAGACAUGAAUGUAAAAUAUCGAUAAGAAUGUUGAUCGACUGAGUAUGAUGGAGGAGUGUGCGAUCAUUAACCAUAGAGGACUUACGAUUGAGCGCCAAGCGGAAGAGACAAUGUCAGAGCCCAAAAUUCGCCGCAUUGACUUUUCCGAGUCGGAUCAGCCAUCCGUAUCUCAUUCGGCAGAGGAAAGAAUUAUUUCCAUUCUUACGGAGCAGAAUGCGGCUCUACAGCGCAAAGUGGAUUUAUUAGGGGAGCAGCUGGCGGAGACCACCGCACUUCUGAAAAUAAAACUGAAGAGGGAAGGGAAGGCGGAGCUUGGAGGGGUACCCUUCCCCCUGAAGUCGGAGUACGACAUAGAGCUCUUCGAGAGCUCUAUGACAACAGAGCUGCGGGAGUUUUACACUCUAAGACCCUUUUGGACGAUGACCUACUCCCAAAGUACAACCUAG